UGAGGCUUUCUUUUCUGCUCAGUUCCAUCAAGUGUUAAAUCACAGUUUAAAUCAGACAGAUUCAGUUCAGUGUAGCAGCUGGUGUUUGAUUAGUCACUGACUUUAAAUGCGGAGCACUCUUUAAUUUUGUCACAGAAGCCUUUGACAUUCCUUGUCUGGAGAGCGGUCACGCCCUCAAUUAUGCCUAACUUUAAACCUUGAUUUAAUUUAAACGGCACAGUUUUCACGACUGGGGAUAUUAGCUUUCGAGACCAGGCUAUAAACAUGUUUAAAUUUGCUGUGAAGUUGGGCAUUUUAAUAUGGGGGUCUAUGGGGAUUAACUUGCUUUUGAAGCCAGCUUCAAAUGGCCAUUUGUUGAACUGCAGUUUUUGGCAAUGCUGCGUUGGCUUCAUUCUGCAGCACUGGCAGCUGCCACUUGGUGUAGUGUUGCCCUGUGACUGAACCUUGACCCCAGGUAACCCCUCCCACCUGUCAACUGUUGAAUCGCUCAUGGCCACAUGAGUGUCUCUCUCUCUCUCUCUCUCUCUCUCUCUGCUCUGCUCUGCUCUGCUCUGCAUGUUCUGACAUGCCGAGGGAGGAGUCAAAUAAACCCCAAACAGGAAAAACCGGAGAGCGUGAGAGAUGGAUAGAAAGAGAGAUGGAGAGAGGGCGGUGUGAGGGUUGUAAAAGAGCUGAGGGCAUGAGAAAGUAAAAGUGAAUUUCAUGCUAAGGCUGCAGUUUUGGAUCGAUGAAACUGAGAGGAGGGAAGACUGUAGCUGUCAUUAGAAGACGGAGGACGACUCCGUCAUCAGGGGAGGGCUCCACGAACUCCAGGAGAGGCACGCUCAACGCUGGCAGCCACGGAUCCUCCUCUUCGCUUUGGUGCUUCGAACCGUGCAACAAAAAGAUCCUGACAAAUCCAAAUCAAGACACCGAAGAGGUGAUCCAUUAGCUGACUCAACCUUUCCCUGACUCCUCUUCUUGUCAGAAUUAUGCCUUAAGGCCUGCAGGGGGAAGGACAGCCACUGAUAAUGAUCGCCUGAUGCAACACUUUCAGGAACCGUCAGUGUGAGGAAAUACCCAGAGCUGUCACAAAACCAGAGGUGUCACCAGCUGCAGAUCUACCUAAAAGUUGGGAGUACGAUUACUGGAGGAGCAUGGGACAGGGAGUAAAGAGCACUGAGUUGUCCCCUGGAAGUCAGACGCCCGGGAACAAAUGAGUAGCAGCGGAUUUUCCAGCUUGCUCCAGGGCCGGCGUUUCUACUGCCGGGAAUGGGCCCUGGACAAGCUGCGACGCUGCCUGGACACCCGCUCCGUGCCGGGGCAGCCGCCAGGGCUGCUGGUGAUGGGGGGCCCUGGCGCCGGGAAGACCGCCCUGUGCACCGAGGUGGUGUGGCCCAUCUCGAAGGCAGGGCUGGCGGUCGGGCUGGCACCGCGCUGCCUGGCCUCCCACUUCUGCCAGCGGGAGGACCAGCGGAGUACUUCGCUGUGGAGGUUUGUCCUGGGCCUGGUGGAGCAGCUGAGGGCCUCACCUCUCCUCUCUCCUGGGUACGAAGAGACCCUCAACAGCCCGUCUGUAUCCUCCUGUCUGGAGCCUGUCGCCUGUCAAAGAGACCCCGACGACACCUUCAAGAGAGCAGUGUUGGGACCCCUGUUAGACCUUCCUCCUCCUGCCCAGACUCUGAUGGUGCUGGUGGACUCCCUCGACGUAGGGUAUGGGGCAGGCGAAGGGAGUGGAACGUCCAUUGCGCAGCUCCUGGCCGCCAAUCAACACCUGCUGCCCGGCUGGCUGCUCCUGGUCUGCUCCGUCCGCCGCCACAACAAGGUUGUGUGCAAGAUGUUCUCAGGUUUUCGUAGGAUCUCUCUAGACGAUCUGCGCAAACCUCCGCCAGUCCGUGACGUGCAGCAGUAUAUCCUUUGUCGGCUGGAUGAAGACGCAACACUUCGCCGUCAGCUCACUCCUGACACGGCUGACAUGCUGAAUCUGCUGCACAUUAAGAGUGGCGGCUGCUUUCUCUUCCUCGAGCGCGUGCUGGAUGGUGUGGGAGGUGCACUGGUGGGUCUCAGGGAGAUCCGUGACAUUCCCGGUACUCUGAAUGGCCUCUACCUGUGGUUGUGCCAGAAACUUUUCCCCCGGGGGCUCUUUGUCUUUGUCAGGCCUCUCCUCAAUGUCCUCUUGGCUGCCGCAAGGCCCCUCACGCCUCAGCAGCUUUUCACGGCAACAUGGACACAUGACACCUCGCUCAACCACCAGGACUUCCAGAACAAACUCCGAACCCUCACACCUCUCCUGAUCGAUGGCCCUGAGGGAACCAAACUACUUUUUCAUGCCAGCUUUGCUGAGUGGCUGACGGAUGUUAAGUAUUGCACACAGAAGUACCUGUGUAGCAGAACAGAGGGUCACAGUAUGCUUGCCAUGGCUCUGACUUUGCAGGGACCCCACCUGGACAUUGCAGACACUUGCCAGCUAGCCACACAUUUAGUUUUAUCAGGUCACCAUAAAGAUAACCCCUCAUUAUUGGCACUGUGGAUGCUGUGGGCAGGUGUGCCUGCUCUUACAACAAGUGGCAGUAUUGCACUAACCCCAUCCAUAAGCCAGCCUCCUGUUUUAGUCAGUCAGGAAGCCCUUCAGCUGUUAAUGAGUUGUGGGCUCGUCUCUGCAGCCUGUCUUUCAGAUUCCCACCCAAGUGUUGGAGUGCAUUGUACAGGUGAAGAGGGGAGUAGUUUAAAACAGGCUUUUGAAAGGGACGUGUCUGUAAAGAAGCUUCUAGGCUGUGGGGUCUCUGUAAACCAGCCUGGUUCUACAGAUGGACAGAUCUUGCUUGCCAGUGCGGCCCACGAGGGUUCUGCAAAUGUAGCCAAACUUCUCCUGGCUCGUGGAUUGGAUCCACUGGUCAAUGAUCAACAGGGUCAAACGCCACUCACUUUGGCUUCCAGGCAGGGGCAUGUCAAAGUGUUGUCUGUGCUCCUGGAUUGGACCAAUAGCCAGGGGCCAGAAACUGCUGUGCGGAUGAUGGAGCAUGUCGACAACGAAGGCUGGACAGCACUGCGCUCUGCAGCUUGGGGAGGACACAGCAAGGCUGUCCGGCUUCUGCUGGAUGCAGGAGCAGAUGUGGAUGGAUGUGACGCUGAGGGCCGUACUGCUCUCAGAGCUGCUGCGUGGGGGGGGCAUGAGGAAAUUGUCCUGACCCUGCUGGACUAUGGGGCACAGGUUGACAAAGCUGACAGCAUGGGCCGCACGCCGAUUAUCGCUGCUGCGUAUAUGGGACAUCAUGAAGCUGUGGAGAUAUUGCUGGACCACAAAGCAGAAGUUAACUUAGCUGAUGGAGAUGGGCGCACUGCUCUGUCAGUCUCUGCCCUCUGUGUUCCUACAGCAGCUGGGGUCAAAGGUUAUGGUGAGGUAGCAAGUCUGUUACUGGAGCGUGGAGCAGAUGCAGGACACAGAGACCAUGAUGGAAUGACACCAUUGCUUCUUGCAGCCUACGAGGGCCAUUACGACAUAGUUGAACUUCUGUUAGAAGCUGGUGCUGAUGUAGAUGAGACUGCUGGCCCUAAUGGCAAUGUCUCAGCAGCAGCGGCUGUCACUCCCCUGCUGGCAGCUGCAGCAAUGGGCCACAUGAGGACUGUGUCACGGCUGCUUUUCUGGGGAGCAGCUGUGGACGCCAUUGAUUGUGAAGGCAGAACGGCACUCUGCCUGGCAGCAGCGAGGGGCAGUAUUGAGGUUGUCCGCGCCCUGCUGUACCGAGGCCUGGACGAGAACCACAAGGACGACCUUGGCUGGACUCCAUUACAUGCUGCUGCCUGUGAAGGCCAUCGAGGUGUGUGCGCUGCUUUGACGGAGCAAGGCAGCAUGGCACGUGUCGGAGAGAUGGACAUUGAAGGACGCACCCCUCUUAUACUGGCUGCCCAGGAAGGUCACUGGAGCACCGUCAGGCUGUUGUUGGACAGACGUUCUCCCAUUGAUUACAGGGCGUACGAUGGACAUUCUGCCUUGAGUGCCGCCCUACUGGAGGGCCAUCUUGAGGUUGCCGAGCUGCUUAUGAGGCGAGGGGCUGAUACUGAUGUUCGGGAUGCAGAGGGAAGGCCUCUGCUCUACCUCCUGGUGUUGGAGGAAUACCUUGAAAAGGCUAAUCUCCUCAUAGAGAAAGGAGGGGUGCCCCUGGAGUCCCGAGACUCUGAGGGCCGUACAGCACUUCAUGUAGCUUCCUGGCAGGGGUGUAUUAAGAUUGUAGACCUACUGCUAAAGCAUGGGGCAAACCCCAAUGCGCAGGACACAGAGGGGAGACCCCCAAUCCAUUCAGUGGCUUGGACAGGACAUGCUGAAGUAGGACAUCGUCUCCUUGAAACCAGUGGUGUCAUUAUAGACCUUGCGUGUCAGCAGCGGGCAACAGCUCUCAGCAUUGCCGCCCAGGAGGGACAUGCAAACAUUGUUGCAAUGCUUCUGGAAAGAGGUGCAAAUCCCAAUCACAUGGAUAAAUAUGGCCGUAGUCCAGUCAAAGUGGCUGGGAAACACGGGCACUCCAGCAUUGUCAGACUCUUGGAGAGCUACGGAGCCCAGCCAUACGUAGGCCAGUUGCCUAACUCUAGCAAUGUCUCCCCUUCAAAACCCAACAAGAUCCUCUGCUCAGGCAUCUUCGAGAGUAGUGGAUGUGAAGUGACAGCCUCCUCCUCUUCAGUAUCUUCUCCCGGCUCCACUGCCGAACGAUUCCACUCCAUGCAGAGCUCCCAAACCUCAUCUACCUGCCACUCGCUGGCUACGGUGCAGACAGUGCCAGCUGACAGCCUCAGCUUUAUUCAGCAAAUCCAACAGCACUCACUGCCCCGCAGUCGUAGUCGUCCCUCCACCCUCCCCCCACCAGGGAGCUCGGGCAUGGGCAGCCUCCAUGGAAGCAGUCAGAGUCAUCCCAAAUUCAGCCCUCCUACCACUGUUUGCACAGUCGCUGCCAUGGUGCACAACUGCGCACUGCCUCAGAAAGGCUUGUCAUCUGGACUUGAAUAUCAUGACAAAAUGAACAAACAAAACUCAAACUUAAUUAAAGCAGACAGGACUACUAAUGCUGGUGGCAAAUGGAACUCAGUCAUGGCUUCCCUUGGGAUAAUGCCAGGGCAAGAUAGCCCUGCAGUAGGUGCUAAAAACAGAGAAAGUCCUCCUCUGGGCUACCCAUAUAGACUACAAAGCCCACUUCAAGGGGAGGCUUGGGAUUCUCUACCCCAGAAGAACAUUUUGUCACCUGCUUGCUACAGUUUUAGCCCAGUCCCACCUUGUAGUGCCUUGCCGGAGGAUGUUAUGGUCGGUAUGACAACCACAGACCCAAAACUCAAUCUGAAACAGGCCAUCAAACUGCAGUUUGAAGGGCCCACCAGUGCAGCCUUAUACAAGAGAGAGACACCCCUGUGACUGGUAUUCCAGUACGUGAAGUUGGCUAUUGCUCCACAUUCUUUACAAACCUUUUAUUUUGUUGGAGUAUGUGGGUUAAUGCUGAAACAAGCAGUUCAUUCUCAGUAAAUUAAGUAAUUUAAAUAAGUAAUUUAUCAAGCAGACUGACAAAUAUUCUCUAGUUGCAGCAUUUCAAAUGUGAGGAUUUGCAGCUUUUUUUUGUUUUAUACAAUUUUACAUCAACAUAUUAGGGUUUAGUCAUAAUUAUUUUGAAAAAUAAUGAUUGAUAAUGCCGCAGUGUGGGUAUUUACAGGUUAUGUUGUGGUACCAAAACAAAAUAGUCUCUGGUGGUGCAGACAUUUUAAUUUUAAUGACAACAUCUUUGUUUUAGGUGGAGUUGGACAUUUUUGCAGUUAAAAGACAAGGCAGUUUUCACUGUGUACAAUGACUUUCUGGGUUCAGAGGAGAGAGGAAGUGAUCCCUCUCUCCACCCCCCUUCAGAAAAUCAGAGGAAGAAGGAACGGAAUGACAUCAAAGCUUACAUUCCGGCUUUUCCGUUGCCUGUUGUGUGUGGAACAAGGCUCUCAGAGUACAUCCACACUACUCCGUUUCUAUUUGGAUACGGAGUUUUCAAAUAGAAACGACCUCCGUCCACACGGGUGUUUCAGCAUCCUUUUCGAAUUGAUCUGCAUCCACACGGCAACCUUCGAAAACGGAUAUCACGUGACCAUUAACGUACACUAGGCAU